AUGAUUAAUGAAAUUUUAGAUAAUAAAAUGAGUGAUAUUAGAAGCUCAGGAAAAAAUGUGAAAUUAGAGUCAACAACAAUGACAUCAGUUAAAGAUUUACCAAGUUGGUGUUUUAUUAAAAGUAGAGCAAUGUUAAAAGGAGAUAAUAAACCAUUUGUUGUAAGUGUUUUGAAUAGUUCGACAGAAACACCAUCAAAGGGUUGGAAAUGUGUAUUAUUUCAAACAAAUAUAAAUGAUAAAGGUCAAUUAUGGCAAUUGGUUGAUGGUCAUCUUUUAUCGCAAUUAUAUGGUAGUUUUGUAUUGGAUAUAGAUUCAGAUAAUAACAAUGGUACAGAUUUAAUUAUAAAUUCACAAAUCCCUUCAAAUAAUGAAAGACAGACUUGGAAAUUGGGUAGUAAUGGUGAAAUUAUGAACAAUCAAACCAAAAUGUUUAUUGGUGUUAAAGGUUCAAAUAGCGCUCCAAUCGAUCCAUCAAAUAAUGCUCAACUCGUUUGUGAAUCAACAACCUCGGUUGACAAUGUUUGCUUCCAAUGGGAUUUAGAACCCUCAUUUCCAUUGAAUUCAAUUUUAACACAAACAACUGAACCAUUUCCAAAUUAUACUGAUGAAAAAUUAAAAGCAUAUAUUUACAUUUCAAAUAAUUUAAUUAAAGGUAUUGAUGAUAUUAGAUCUCAAUAUACGAAUAGUAAUUAUUCAUUUAAUUCAUUUUCCAAUGAAUUGGUUAAUAUGAAAUAUCCAGAUUCAAUUAGUAAAGAUAGUUUCGAUGAAAUUAAAACUCAAUUACAAUCUGAAUUUGAACAAGUUGAUUCAAUUAUAAAUUUAUUUAAUAAUUAUCAACAAUUUCAUAUUGGUUUAUUUGCUGAUAAUUCUGCAAGAUUAAAUCAAAUCGUUUCAAUCAUACAAUUUGAUGAUAAAACUACAAGUGUUGCCGGUUCAAUCUUAUCAAUUAUUUCAAAUAUUCUUAAAUUGGUUUUAACAUUUUUACCUCAACCUGCUGGUAAUUUUGGUAAUGUAAUGAUGGGUGCAAUUAGUGUUAGUAGUGCCGCUUCAACACCAAAUAAAGUUAAUGUUGAUCCAUUUAAAGUUGAACUUUCAAAAUUAUGGGAUUCAUUAAGUUCAAAUUUCGAAGCAAUCUUAUUCAAUAUGGGUACGAUGGAAUCAAUGAUUUUAAAAGAUUGGGGUAAAAUGAAAGCAGUUUAUCAAUUAUUAUCAACAUCACUUGCUUGGACACCAACAAUGACUUCUCAAUUAAUUUCAACUGGUGCUACUGCUUAUGGAAUUUCAUUAUUACAAAUGUUAUUACCAGAAAAGUAUCAAAUUUAUUGUUGGAAUCAAAAUUUCGAUGCAAAGUAUGGUUUCGCACCAGGUUAUCCUGCUCCAAUUCCUAGUGACAUACCAGAAUAUUGUACAUGGACUGAUGAAAAUGGUGAUGUUCUUUUCAUAGCAUCUACAAGUGAUUUACGUGUUCACCCUAUUAAAGAAGUAAUGGAUAUGGUUUGGAAAGAUAAUGUUGUUGUUAAAAAGGAUUUCUAUAGAUCUAGAAAUGGUUGGUCAUUCCCAACUUCAUUAGUUAAUCGUAUUACACGUUGGUUAAUUCCAAAUGUAACUAAUAAUACAUCAAUACCAAUGAAAUAUACAAUUGGUGAUUUUAAAGGUGAUAGUAAAACAACUUAUCAACUUGACCUUCCAACAUUUUCCACAUCAUAUCCACUUGAUGUAUCUCAUAAUAAUAAUGGUCAUAAUUAUCAUUUUACAAUUACAAUCACCAAUGCACUUGAUAACAGUAAAAUUGCAAGUCUUGUAAUCAUUGUAUCAGCAGUUGGUGGUAGUUUUUCUAAAGGACAAUUAGGUGAUCAUAGUGUAACAAAAGGUUAUCUUAUUGGUGAUCCAAUUUUUAAUACAAGUGUUAGGGAUUCAACUUCAACAUGUAAUAUUAUUGUUAAUAUUGACUAUAAUGAUACAAAUUAA